ACUUCUCUCGACCUUCAUUUUGCUUCAUUCCUCGGCUUGAGACGAGGAUCUCCUCAGCGCUCGCCCUUGACGAUCCCGCACGAAGAACCCGCACGAUAGGGACUAUGUCCCCACCACCGGUGUCUCUCUUCUCAGAGAGAAGCGCGUGGUAGAUGCCUGCGAUAUUGAGCCUGCUUGCGGGCUCUGACAGACCGUAUGGUCCAUGGCACGCUGUCUACAGGUACCUUCUUGCUCGUUCCACUUAUUCCUUGGCUUCGCCUUCGUUUCCAGCAUGGAUUAUACUGUGUCCAGAUCGAGUCCUCCGCUAGAGCACCCGCUCGCGCCCGUCCAUUUCGUCGAUUGUUCGAGGAGCUCGCAAGUAGGGUUGCCCGAAGGUUGAGCCCAUUGGGUUUAACCUGCAGGGUUUCCCGCCACCAGUGUCCGCCUUGUCAGGCGGAAGCGAGUGGACGAUGCCAACAGACAUGGAGUUCUAACCCUUACAGAGAGCUUUGCUCGACAGCAGGGUCGGGACUCUGACAGACCGCAAGGUCCCUGGCAAACGACUCGCGAGC